CACGUGCUGCCCAGCUGGGGAAGGGGAAGUGGGGCAGGCGCAGCGGGGCAGGCGGAGGGCAGGUCUGGGAGCUCUUGGGACGCGGCGCUUCCCCGGAUCAGGGGCUGUUCCCAUCGGAUCCUGCUUGGUGUCUUUCCCCCCCUCCCUCAGGAUGCUGCCCCUUUUCAUCCUGGCCAUGGCCCUGCCCCUGCCCCGUGUGGCUGCGGGGGGCAUCUCCUGCUAUGACGAUGCCGGGCAGCCUGUGGACUGGUUCCUGGCCUACAAGCUGCCCCGGCCCCAGCACAGCCCCCCGGCCGAGGGCAUGCGCUACAUGUACCAGGAUGCCCGCUCCGGCGGCUGGGUGUCCGGCCGCGCCCUCAUGAACAGCACCCAGAGUGCCGUGGGCAGGACCCUGCUGCAGCUCUACCAGGGGGCAAACAGGCGGGACACGGCCUACAUCCUGUACAACGACCAGCCCCCAAAGAACGUCACUUCCUCCACCAGCACCAGGGGGCACACCAAGGGCACCCAGCUGAGGUUCUCCGACCCCGAGGUGUUCGACGCCCGGGUGCAGGGGGUCUUCGCCCAGGACCUGCCCGACCUGCGCCUGGCCUCCGAGAUGAAACACGUGCAGGAGCCCCCCUGGAACCGCAGCGUGGCCCUGACCUCCCUGGGGGGGCGCCGCUUCCGGAGCCUGGCCAAGUUCCGGCUCUUCCACGACGAUCUCUACUCCGGCUGGCUGGCCCAGGCGCUCUCCAGCGACCUCUACGUCCAGUUCUGGCCCAACUCGCGGGGGGUCCUGCCCUCCAACUGCUCGGGGCCCUACCGGGUGUAUAACAUCGAGGAGUUGGGCUUCCCGGCCCCGGGGCCCGACUUCUCGGCCACCGUUGACCACUCCAAGUGGUGCGUGAGCACCGAGAGCGCGCCCGGCUGGGCCUGCGUGGGCGACAUGAACCGCAACCUGGAGGAGGAGCAGCGGGGUGGGGGCACCUUGUGCCAGCAGGACCCAGCCGUCUGGAAAUCGUAUUAUGCCCUGGUGCAGGACUAUAGCAAGUGCAAGGAGGGGAGCGGGGGCUAGUGGGUGGAGCCGGCAUGGGGAGUCAGUCACUGCCCCGGUGACUCUCUAGGGGGAACCUUUCUGUGCCUCAGUUUCCCCAUCUGGGACAAUUGCACUUACCUACCUCUCUGGGGCAGUGGGGUGGGGGGAUUCAAUGGUGCCUGUGAAGCUGUGGGGGUCUCCAUGCCCCUGUAUAAAUGCAAUAAUAAUCCUGUGAUUUCUAA